UGAAAAGAAGAAAGGUAUAUAAAUAAUUAAAAUAAUGCCAAUGAUGCUGAUCAUAGAGUUAAGGCAUUAAGGGUAUUAACUUCGUCACCUCCUCCCUUUUCUCCCUGUACAGACCUUUCCCCUCUCUAAGGUUCCCCAAUUCCGAUCCAAUUCUGGUGGUAGGUAUAGGGCUUGUUGAUUGACUUCAAAGUACGACUGGAGCUUUACUGUGAAAAACACUAGAACUUCAUCACUUAUUACGAGCAAAUUCGGGAACUUAAGAUAUGGCAAGUGGAUCCGAGAGACGGGUUUCCCGGGAGGACAUACAACUGGUGCAAAAUCUUAUAGAACGGUGUUUACAACUAUAUAUGAAUCAGAAAGAAGUUGUGAAAAUGCUGCUGGAUGAAGCAAAAAUAGAGCCUGGUUUCACGGAACUUGUUUGGCAAAAGCUUGAAGAAGAAAAUCAGGAGUUCUUCAAGGCUUAUUAUUUAAGAUUGGUGGUAAUGCAGCAAAUAAAUGAGUUCAACAGGCUGCUUGAACGGCAGAUGAAUUUAAUGAAUCAAUUACAACCAACUGCAGUUGCAUCAAUUCCUAACUCUAAUGGGUCACAUAUUUCCGCAUUGCACCAGAAUCCAGCAUGCUAUGCUGCAGAGCACGUGGGAACAGCUCUGAAGCCUGAAAACUUGCAACAUCCUGUUGGUUCUAGUUUACAGAGCGUGUUUAAUAAUGAUGGAUCAUCCCUGUGCACAAAUAUGCGUGGUACAGUUGAGAUGUCUCAUGCCAACAGGAUUGGUGCUCCCCCAAGCUUACUGUCAGGUCAAAACUCUAACAUGGGCCUGAUGCAAGGAAUUAACGGGGGAAUGAUCAAGUCAGAACCUGGAUACUCACGCAGUUCUCCUUACAUGUUUGGUACUGGUAAUAGUGUCUUGGAGACGCGACCAAUGAUUGGUGAUGCCUCAGUUACAUCAUACCCAAGUGUGGAGUCCAACUGUCAAUCAAUGCCACUUCUGGAUGCAGAUGUAGCUUCUUCAUUUGGAUUUUUGGGGCAGAUUCCUAGGACCUUUAGCCUUUCUGAUCUUACUGCUGAUUUUUCUCAGAGUUCGGAAAUACUAGAGAACUAUUCACGGUCGCCCUUCCUAGUUACUGACGAGAAUUUCCUGGAAAGAGGAGAACAAGACAAUAAAAGGCUGGAUUCUAUAUCGGAAGGCUUGAGUUAUGAAGACUUCGGGAGUGAUUAAAUUGAUAAAGAACAUCUAGUCAUCAGAAACUUUCAGGUUCAUCAGCUUCCUUAGGAAUCAAUUGCUUGUAAAUAGAAGUCUUGAAGUCAACAUGUUUUCAAAAUUUGAGCAUUGGGUGAACACAUUUAUUUGUCUAGAUCUCUGAUGUCAUAGUGUUAGUGAUGGGAAAUGAAAUCCGGAAUGUUUGCAUGGAAGGGAAUAGCAUGGUCUUGGUGGUCAUGGUUCUUGGUACUCUGUGUUGCAAAAAAUAGUUUUUCUACGUAUUGUUAGAUACUAGAAAAUCUACUUUGCAUGGAUUGCAUUUUGAUGAUUGGAGUUGUGGAUUGCUCUUCAAGAUGUGCCCUUUUGGAGUAGAAUCAGCACUCAGCAGCAAAAUACGAUUUAUUGACCAAUGGAAGCACGGCUAGCAAGGACGUGAAGAAUUAAAGGGAGAACUCAAGAUUUAUCCAUACAACAGUUGCUAAUAUACAUGAUUUGAACUUUACAUGAUGAUGAUUAGAUAUGCAUCAUAAGUUUGCCCCUGUGAUUAGAUGUUUCACCAGCCUCAUGUUCUUUGCGUGCGUUUUAUAAAAUUACAGAAUGGGAAUAUUUGUUUAGAAAAUCAUGUAUGCAACCUCAGGCCUUGUGACAUCAGUCUUUUAAUUCAAUGUUGUGCUGGUGGCUCCAAUAUAAUCCCCUUUGAACGUGAUUUA